AUGUCGAGUGGAAGCAGUGCUGGAUUUGACCGUCACAUCACCAUCUUUUCCCCGGAGGGACGUGUUUAUCAGGUGAGGUUUCUCGCAGAAUCUUUCAAAUAAUCCAUUUCAUUUUCAGGUCGAGUAUGCCUUUAAAGCGAUCAAUACGAUGAAUCUGACGGCUGUCGCUGUGAAAGGGAAAGAGGCGGCGGUGAUUGCCGUGCAGAAGCGCGUGCCGGAAAGUCUGAUGGUGCCCGAAAACAUAACUUCUGUCUUCCAAAUCUCGCCGACAGUCGGCUGCUGUGCCAUCGGAAUCUUGCCCGAUGCGCUGUACCAAGUGAAACGCGCGCGGGGCGAAGCGGGUAGUUUCAAGUACAAAAACGGGUACGAUAUGCCGUGCGAACUGCUCGCCAAAAGGAUGGCCGACCUCAACCAGUACUACACCCAGAACGCAGAGAUGCGCUGUCUCGGCGUUGGUCGGUUCUUUUCUGAAAGGUUUUGCGAAUUUAAGUUAUAUUUCAGCGCUCAUUUUCAUCUCGUACGACGACGAAAAAGGUCCGGAAGUGUUCCGCGUGGACCCGGCCGGCUACUUCCGUGGAAUGCGUGCCGUGUCGGUCGGAGUGAAGCAGGGACAGGCGACCACGUUUCUCGAGAAGAAGAUCAAAAAGAAGACGGAGUGGGCGUCGGCCGACACUAUCGAGCUGGCCAUCGACGCAGUUCAGACGGCAUUGGGCGUCGACGUGCGCGCCAAGGACCUCGAAGUGCUCGUUGUGACCAAAGACAAAACGUCGUGCACGAAGCUUACCGCCGAACAGAUCGAGCAGCAUCUCAGCCAGAUUGCCGCCUACGACUAA